CGCCGAGUGCGACUUAGUUUACGAGCGACGACGCGUCCCGACGCCCCCGCGGAGAGAUCGUUCGUUUUUUUUUCAGAAAUCGCACCGUCGCAUUCGUAUAACGUGAAAGUUGCAAACACCGUGACAUCGAACCCCCCAUCUCGAGGCGGCUGACCCUCGAACGAGGGAAGACUGGCCCUCGAUUUCGGAUGUGGAAGUAGUUAUUAUUUCGGAACUCGAAUUCGCACUAAACCUAUUCCGCACGCCCGCGUCCCCCUCCAACCCCACAACCCCACCACGCAAAAUCAAAAUCCCGGUUAUUUUGCGGCCUACGCAAUUAGUGACUAUUAUUUUCACCUUCGCCACUGCUGCUGCUGCAUGGUCCCGCCGGAGUUCGUCGAACCAACGACACUAACCAAGUGGUGACAAUGAUUCUGUGAUCGGAUCUCUAUAAACAUACUAAAUAAAAAAAAAAAAAAAAAAAAAAAAAUAAUAAUCAAACAAAAAUACGAAAACCAUGAAAAGUCUCGCGGCUCUCCGAAGAUUUCAACUCUUCUACGCGCCGUUGUUCCUACUUUCGGCUGCUACGGGAGUGCGAGGCUUGCGAGACGUAUCGAUAAAAAUACCUCUAGCGGUCGCACCUGGCUCCACGGUUACUAUGACCUGUCAGUAUGACCUAGAAGCGGAUCUACUCUAUACGGUCAAGUGGUACAAGGGGCGCAAAGAAUUCUUCAGAUAUGUCUUGAAGGAGCUGCCGCACACUAAAGUCUUUCCUCUUCCGGGUGUCAACGUCGACACCGCAUUGAGCGACUCGCAUCAUGUUGUCCUGCACGACGUACAGUCCGAUCUUACUGGCAAAUAUCGGUGUGAAGUUUCCGCUGAUGCACCGUCUUUUCACACGGAAAUGGUAUCCAGCUACAUGCACGUUGUCAACCUACCGGAGGGGGAUCCAGAGAUUCGCGUCGAGAAGAUGAAAUACGCUGUCGGUGACGUGGUGCGUGGCAACUGUACGUCGCCACCGGGGAAUCCCCCGGCCAACGUUACGUGGUCCGUAAACGGAUUACCGGUAAAUUCGAGUUACUCUCGUUCGUCGCCAUCUAAAGCGGAAAAUCCGCUGGUAUCGGUUGUUGCUGGACUGGACUUGGAAAUUGCCCCGGAUAGUUUCAACCACGGGAGACUCCACAUCACGUGUCGAGUCAACGUGUUUGAUUUGUAUACAGCUCAAUCCGAAAUAUUCGUAGAAGAGGAGCGCCCAAGAUUAGCAUCUGUUCUCGGAACUCGCGAAUCAUCCUACACCGGAAAGGCCGGACGAAGAGUUGAGCAGUGGAUUUUCAUGGUAGCAGUAACGAACCUACUGUUAUACAGCCUGAGAUAACACCAAAGAACGUUCAGUUGAUUUUACGCGUUUAAGUGUACUGGGAAUGAAGAAGUAAAUUGUUUGUAAAACUUUGAAAAUAAUUAAAAACCCUUUUGUUGAAACAUUA